AUGGACCACCACAAAGAAGCCGAGUCGCACGUGGAUAGUGAUCCAAACUUCUUGGACGCAGGCGAGCCGAAUGCUUUGGUGUCAGAGAAAAAUGGUACCACUGCCGAUGUACACGACAUGAUGCGAAUGGGCAAACGACAAGAAACCCAACGCAACUUCCGUCACAUUACGAUUAUUGGUUUCUGUAUGGUCAUCCUAUCGACAUGGGAAGCCAUAUUGUCGACGGCGGUAUUUUCGUUGAGCAACGGUGGCACUGCUGGGCUGAUCUGGGGAUACCUAAUCUGUAUGAUUGGUUUCGGCUUCGUUGUAGCCUCGCUUGCGGAAAUGGCCUCGAUGGCUCCAACAUCUGGCGGUCAGUACCACUGGGUCAGCGAGUUCGCACCACCGAGCUGCCAACGGUUUCUCUCAUACAUUGUCGGGUGGCUGGGCGUCCUCGGCUGGCAAACCGCUGCCGCGACUGUGUCGUACUUGACUGGCAAGCAGCUCCAAGCUCUCAUCAUUCUCUGGGACUCAUCAUACGUUCCGCAGGCAUGGCAAGGCACAAUGCUUAUCUGGGCUGUACUUGCGGUCAGUCUUAUCUUCAACACUUUCUUCUCGAGAAAACUCCCACUUGUUGAAGGUGUCAUUGUGGUGCUCCACGUUGCUGGUUUUUUCGCAGUCAUUAUUCCUCUGUGGGUCAUGGGCGACCGCAGUAACACUGGAGAUGUCUUCACACUUUUUCAGGACAACAUGGAGUGGGGCAACGUUCCCUUGUCGACCAUGGUCGGACUCACAGGAGCUGCCAGCUGUUUUGUCGGUAUCGAGGCCGGCGCGCACAUGGCCGAAGAGGUACGUAAUGCGGCCCAUGUCAUUCCUCGCGCGAUGAUGUGGACGUGGAUCGGCAACGGACUGAUGGGUUGGAUCAUGGCAAUAACGUUUUGCUUCUGCGUCGGCGACACAAUGUCGGUCCUAUUGACACCGCUGGGUUCGCAGCAAAUCCAGGUGUUCCUCAACACUACCGGAUCCGCGGCUGGUGCCACAGGCUUGACUUGCAUCAUGCUUGUCAUCGGAGUCUUUGCAUGCGUUGCAGUCAUGGCAACGAACUCGCGCCAAUUGUUCGCAUUCGCGCGCGACAACGGGGUGCCUUUCUCGAGCAUCUUCAGCCAGGUUUCACCGACCCUAGGAGUACCGCUCAACUCAGUAUAUUUGACGAUCCUCUUCGUACUGCUGCUGUCGUUGAUCAACCUCGGCUCGAGUGUGGCCUUCAUGCAGGUCAUUUCCCUCGGCGUUGCUGCAAUGUUGACAUCGUACUUAAUAUCGAUCGGCUGUGUGGCAUUGAAGAGAAUUCGUGGUGAGCCGCUGUUGCCUUCCAAGUUCAACCUGGGCAGGUUGGGGCUGCCGAUCAACAUUAUUGCCGUGUUGUUUUUGCUCUUCCUGUGGGUCUUCACAUUUUUUCCAUCGGCACCUCACCCAGCAGUUGCUGAUAUGAACUGGGCGGUAUUGGGAUAUGGAUUGGUCAUCAUCUUCGCUCUGGUGUACUAUGCCAUUCACGGUCGACAUGUGUAUAUUGGACCUGUUGAGUACGUGCGCAAGGGCCAGUAG